AUGCCCCCUCGUUCUAAAAGAAAAACCAUUGACCGGCCAACCAAUCACGAGAACAAAAACACGAAUACGCACUCACGUUCAAAACCCAAAGCUUCGAAACAAACCACAACUCAACCGGUCAUUCGAGCCCUUGAAGCCACGGAAGGUGAGAUUGAAUUGGAGGCCAGUAGCAAGGAAGGAAAUGGGAACGUGAAUACAAGAAGAACACCGCUACCUCGUAUACAUAAAAACGUGGACCCAGCGGAACCGGAUCGCCCACGCCCCAGACGAUCUUCGCAGGAAGUUCAGGCGCAAAGGCUUGCGCAGGAAAAUCGGAAACUUGAGAAGAUGAAGGAAUUACAUGAAAAGGAGGAGGAGUUGAAGAGGCUGAGGUCAAUGUUAGGCGAUCAGCAGGCAAUGAGGGAAAGGAAAGCAAGGACACGAGCGUAUGACCUGCUGCACGUUCUUGAAGACACAGAGAACGAGGGUUACGAGAGUGAAGGGCUGGUGGAACAACAAGUCAAAAAAGCACAGUCGUCUGACUCACUCGAGUACAUCAACGUUGACGACGUUAGUGACGACAGCAGCAAGGGAAUCGCUGAAAUUGAAUCAAACAUGAAGCAAGCAAAACCGACAGCGAGAACAGCAAAGGAUGCUGGUGGUGCAAAGGGGAAGAGGGUCAUCGGGAGCAAGGUUAUAAAGAAUAAUCUUGCCGCCUGUCAACCCAGCGGCAAGACCGGGCUCUCAAAGCGUUUCAAAACCCGCCUGGUGCAAGAAGGGAAUGUGACUGGUGGACUUGGAGACAGUGACGUCAAAGAUUUCCCUCCAGGUGAAGCAGAGGAGGGCAUGGGCUCAAAUGAACCGGAUACGGAGGGCAAUGACGCUAUGAUCACUUGCGUAAACGCCUCUUCUCCCGCUGUCAGUUCACAGCCAGGUUCAAAGGAUUCAUCCCGUCAACCUUCAGUCCAAUUCAACCCACUCCCGAAGAAAGGCACUGCACGAACACAGUCUCGUCCAACGGCACAGCCUGUCAUUCGCUCACAACCUUCAUCUCGUUCAGUAUCCCAGCCAGCAUCUCGUACUCGUACCCCUGCUGGGUCUCGAGCCCACUCACCAAACCCCCCUCCAGCUCAAGCAUCUGGGAGGAGAGCAGGCCAGAGGGUCGGAACGACCGCAAAAGACUACCCCGAAUUCAUCAAGGGUAGUGAGUGGUCGGGUCUUGUUCUCCCCACAGCAAGGCAUGCCAUGUUUGCUUCCGAGCAACCCAUGGUGAAGUUCCGCCGUGAUGAAGGUUUUUGUGCGAUUGUUCAAGAAAUCAUCACGAGAACCUUCCCAGAAAUGGACUAUGUCUGUUCUCUGGAUCGUGAUCCGGUGCUCCAACAGGUAUACAACCGUUUGAAUGAAACGCGUUCCGGGAUAGCUUCAAAAGUGCUCAAGGUCGUCACCAAUUUCUUUAGUCAGCCCAAGUACGCUGGUAACUACACGAAAAUUUUGGACUAUGCUACAUGGGCUGGUACUCGACUUGAGGACGGACCUGCAUUCUACGCCAAACCGUCACCCCGCAACAUCAAACCCGGCUCUGAGAACUAUGUGCCCCCAAGCGGGUUAUUCGAGUCGCAUUUUGUCAUUGAAGUGAUGAAAUGUUACAUGGCUAAAAGGGCUAAAUCACACAUUGACUACGGCCAUCCUGUUGGGCUCAUUGGGUUAGUUCGUGCAGCGAUCAAGCGGGCUUUCAGAUAUUAUGUUAAGUCGGAAGGUGGGCCACCAAUCGUUUCGCUCAUCAAGGACAGCGAGAAAUUCUCUGAGGCAAACAUGGGUAAACAUGUUACGGCCUUCAUAGGUUACGCAGUUACCCUCGCGGAUGAUGACUGGGCAAGGCUGAUGGAGGUGUAUGAGUUUGUUCCCGAUCCUCCAACUGACGAGGAAGGCGGUGUUUCGAGCGAUUCCGAACAGUCGAUCAAGCUUUAUGUCCCUCGUUGA